AUGCCAUCCUUCACUCGGAGCUCCAAUUCUCCCAAACAGCCCGGAUCCAGCGGCAGCCUCUUCAAUUUCUCGCUCGGUGACUCGUCCAAAAUGUCUAGCUUUGGCAGUAGCGAUCUGCCCCUCCGCAACUCGGUCGCCGCUUCGGAUAGAGCAUCCACCAUUCAAGGAGCCUCGACGCCCAAAGGAAGCGGCCACCACGGCAUCGACCGCGUCGUGCGAGAGCUCACCCGCUACCUCGACCUCCUCAGACCGGGCAAGUCCUCACAGCAGGACGGCGACGAGACGACGGUAUGUGGCCUGCACAUCGAGGAGCUCCUCACAACGCCGCUCUUCUCGUGGUCCGUGAAGCUCGCACUGGCCGACGAGCGCAAGCGCGGCCACACGCCAUCGUCGGCCCACUUCGACCAAUUCGCGCUGCUCGGCCAGGAGCGUAACACGGCCGCUACCGUCGCCAACCGCGCCUCGGCGCACAACCCGGACGGCGUCGAGCCCAUCUUCCUGAACACGAACGCCCCGUGGUCGGCCUUCCUGUGCGGCUCGCAGGGCUCGGGCAAGUCGCACACGCUAUCCGUCAUGCUUGAGGGCUGCUUGCUGCCAAACAAGGCGCUGGGCCGCCUUCCGGAGCCGCUGCAGGGCAUCGUCUUCCAUGCCGAUGCAUUGACGGCCGGUGGUGUGUGCGAGGCCGCGCACCUGUGUAGCGCUGGCGUUCCUGUCAACGUGCUCGUAAGCCCGAGCAACUACUGGCGCCUGCACCAGGCCUACAGCAAGAUUGAGGAUCCGAAGAGGUGCUUGAGGGUGAAGAGGAUGAAGCUGAAGCCGAGACACCUGAACGUCGAGAGGAUGCUAGCGCUCAUGGCCUUCAACGAGAGCAGCGGGCGCGUGCCGCUAUACAUGGAGGUCAUCAACAAGAUCCUACGCGAAAUGGCCACCUCCGCCCAGCAAUCCUUCCAAUUCGACUACAGGCACUUCAUGCGCCUCCUCGACCAAGAGCGCCUCACGCCGGACCAAAAAGGCCCCAUGAACCUCCGCCUCCAACUCCUCGAAUCCUUCAUGGACGUCGACAGCUCCGACGACAACGACGCUGACAUGUUCUCGCCACCCGCCGGCACCCUCACCAUCGUUGACCUCACCGACCCCUUCAUCGACGCCUCGAGCGCCUGCACCCUCUUCGACAUCUGCCUCGCCCUCUUCCUCGAAGACCCCAACACCAACCCCACCAAAACCGGCCCCUUCCACCCCUCCAACCCUCCCCCAAUCGGCCGCGUCAUCGCCCUCGACGAAGCCCACAAAUACCUCUCCGCCACCUCUGCCGCCUCCGACCGCUUCACCGACUCCCUCCUCACCGCCAUCCGCAUCCAGCGCCACGCCGGCACCCGCAUCAUCGUCGCCACCCAGGAACCCACCGUCUCGCCCAAGCUCCUCGAUCUCUGCUCGCUCACCCUCGUCCACCGCUUCUCCAGCCCCGCUUGGCUGGCUGCCCUGCGCGAUCACCUGGCCGGGCUGUCGUCGGUGGCCGGGCGCAACGAGGAGGAGGUCAGGGCGUUGUUUGAGGAGAUUGUCACGCUCGGAGUAGGGGAGGGGCUGCUGUUUGCGCCGAGUGCGAUGGUGAGGGUUGUCGUGCCGCAGGGGGGUGCGAGGGGGGAGAAGAGGAUUUUGAAGUUGGGGACGGAGUGUUUAAGGUUUAGGACCAGGCCGAGGGUGACGAGUGAUGGGGGGAGGAGCGUGUUGGCGAUUAGGUGA